GGUGAUUUGAGAUUAAGGCCACACCUCCUCUUUAUCCUGACUCCACCCCUUCAGCUGUAAUCCCUAUAAAGGCUCCCUCGCUGUCACACACACAGCGUCUGCUGCAUCCAGGAGUCCAGCAUGAAGCUCUGGGUCAUCUGUGCCGUCCUGUCAUGCCUCGCCUUAGUGCAGGCUGAACAGAAGAUCAGAUGGUGUCUAAAGUCCGAGGCGGAGUUGACUAAAUGCCAACGGUUCAAAACUCUAAGCUGUGUGAAGAAGGAAGGAACUCGGAACUGCAUCGAGGCUGUUGGGAAAGGUGAAGCAGAUGCCAUCACUCUGGAUGGAGGAGAUAUUUACACAGCCGGCCUCAGACCCCAUAACCUUCACCCCAUCCUCGCAGAAAAUUAUGGCAAAGAUAACUGCUACUACGCUGUAGCCGUGGCAAAGAAGGGCACUACCUUUGGCUUCAAUGACCUCAAGGACAAAAAGUCAUGUCACACUGGUUUGGGGAAAACUGCAGGCUGGAACAUCCCCAUCGGCACGCUCGUCAAAAACGGACAGAUCGAAUGGUCAGGCAUCGACGACAAACCUCUGGAGGAAGCGGUGGCAGGUUUCUUCUCAGCCAGCUGUGUGCCAGGAGCCACAAACCCCACACUGUGCAAGUUGUGUAAAAACAACUGCCAGCGCACCCACGAUGAGCCGUAUUACGAUUAUGAAGGAGCUCUCCGGUGCCUGAAGGAGACCGAUGCAGAUGUGGCGUUUGUGAAGCACCUCACAGCUCUCAAUAAUAAGGACGAGUAUGAGCUGCUGUGUCUAGACGGCACCAGGAAGCCUGUUGAUCAGUAUGAAACCUGUAACCUGGCCCAAGUUCCUGCUCAUGCCGUGGUCAGUCGCUAUGACAAAGAGCUGUCCGAUCGUAUCGAGGCUGUUUUAACCCCACUGAAGGAUCAGGGUCUGUUCUCCUCCUCUGGGGGCCCUGAAAAAAACCUGAUGUUCAAAGAUUCCACGACGGAGCUGACCAGACUCCCAGAGCUGACCAGCGCCUACAUCUACCUGAAAGAAGAGUACUGGAACGCCAUCCACUCGCUCAGGAGAGAAAACACAGUCAGCGAGUCUCCCGAGAGUAUUAAAUGGUGCGCUGUGGGAGUCAAUCAGAGGGUUAAAUGUGACUUGUGGAGCCCCUUAACCGUUGAUGAAGAAGACAAUGUCAGGCUGCAGUGUCAGACUGCCCCCACAGUGCAGGACUGCAUCAAGGACCUCCUGCUUCGUAAAGUUGAUGCUAUUGCAGUUGAUGGAGGAGAAGUGUACACUGCUGGGAUGUGUGGUCUGGUGCCGGUCAUGGUGGAGCAGUACGACGCUGAAAAGUGUAAAUCUCCGUCAGGAGACAACCCGUCCUAUCUCGCAGUGGCUGUAGUGCGCAAGGACUCUGGUGUGACCUGGGAAAACCUGAAAGGUAAAAAGUCAUGUCACACAGGCGUGGGACGUACAGCAGGCUGGAACAUCCCCAUGGGUCUCCUCCAGGAAAAAUACCAAGAUUGUGACUUCUCGAAUUACUUCAGUGCAAGCUGUGCUCCUGGUUCGGAUCCCGCAUCGAAACUGUGUCAACUCUGUAAGGGAGACGAAACAAGGAAAUGCAAACCCAGCAACGAUGAGCCUUAUUAUGGCUACGGUGGAGCCUUCAGGUGUUUGGCUGAAGGUGCUGGUGAUGUGGCCUUUGUUAAACACAGCACAGUAGCAGAAAUCACAGGCGCCAAUGGUCCAUCGUGGGGUAAGGCUUUCAAAGCAUCAGACUUCCAGUUCAUCUGCCCCGGAGGCUCUGCUGAAAUUGGCGACCAUGAGAAGUGUAAUUUAGCCAAAGUUCCAGCUCAUGCCGUCAUCACUCAUCCAGAGAGACGAAAAGAGGUGGUGUCCUUCCUCAAGGAGCAGCAGGAGAAGUUCGGUCCUACCGGCUCAGACCCCUCCUUCAGAAUUUUUGAGUCUAAGGACAAUGAGAAGGCACUAUUCAAAGAAGCCACCCAAUGUCUCCAGGAGGUUCCAGCAAAUCAGGGCUAUGAGGAAUUCCUGGGAAAAGAGUACCUAACCUCCAUCAGAUCUCUGCACAAAUGUCCAGGCAGCAAGUCCGAAUUGGAGGAGGCCUGUUUCUAUACCGCUUGUGUAAAAUCAUCGGAGGGAACCGAGGCAGGAACCUGGUGGGAGGCGCUGCAGGACUGCCUCCUGGUUAAGCCUGAGGUCAGGCGCUUUAGGGGAUUUUUUGGGGAGAUGGCACCCGGAUCAAGCCUGUGUCUCUUAGCUGUUAGCCUCAGCCCCCUCAGCUCUAGGCUCCCUAUGAAGGCACACUACCACAGUGUCCACUGCGUCCAGGAGUCCAGCAUGAAGCUCUCCGUGCUCGGUGUGGUGCUCGGAUGCCUCGCUUUAGCAGAGGCUGCGCCCCUGGAUCCAAGAAUCAGAUGGUGCUUAAAGUCGGAGCAGGAGGCUCAGAAAUGCAGACAGCUCGCCUCAAAGUCCGAGUUCCUGAGCUGUGUGAAGCGUGAGGGAGCUACAGAGUGCAUCAAAGCCAUCAAGAAAGGUGAAGCAGAUGCCAUCACUCUGGAUGGAGGAGAUAUCUACACAGCUGGUCUCGCACCCUACCACCUUCACCCCAUCCUGGCAGAGCAUUAUGGCACAGGUGAAGAGACGUGUUACUACGCUGUAGCCGUGGCAAAGAAAGGCACUAAGUUUGGCUUCAGUGACCUUCGUGGGAAGAAGACAUGUCACACUGGUUUGGGGCAAACUGCAGGGUGGAACAUCCCCAUCGGCAUGCUCAUCAAAAACGGACAGAUCGAAUGGGCAGGCAUCGAGGACAGACCAGUGGAAGAGGCGGUGAAGGAAUUUUUCCCGGCCAGUUGCGUGCCUGGAGCAGUCAACACGCUGCGGCUGUGUGAGCUGUGUAAAGGCGACUGCUCGCGCUCUCACAAGGAGCCGUAUUAUGGUCACGAUGGAGCUUUCCAGUGCCUGAAGGACGGAGCUGGAGAUGUGGCCUUUGUGAACCACUUCGCCGUGCUCACUGGAGAUAAGGCCAACUACGAGCUGCUGUGCAGAGACGGCUCCCGGAAGAGCGUGGACGACUUUAAAAUCUGUAACCUGGCUCAAGUUCCUGCCGAUGCUGUGGUUAGCCGCAAGGACAAAGAACUGGCCAACCGCAUAUUUGAUGUUCUUGAUAAACUCAAGGACAAAGGUCUCUUCUCUUCCGAGGGCUUCUCCGUGAAAAACCUCAUGUUCAAAGACUCGACAAAGGAGCUGCUGAGGCUGCCGGAGAGCAUGGACUCCUUCCUCUACCUGGGAGAAGAGUAUGUAGCUACUUGCCACGCCCUUACCAAAGGGUUCAGCAUGAGCAGCAAGUCUCAUGAGAUCACGUGGUGCACCGUGGGUCAUGCCGAGAAAAAUAAAUGUGACAUGUGGACCUUCAUGAGCGUGGGCGAUCAGAGGAACAUCAGGAUCGAAUGCCAGGAUGGCAACACCGUCAACGACUGCAUCAGCAAGAUCAUGCGUAAGGAGGCUGACGCGAUGGCCGUUGAUGGUGGUCAGGUGUAUUCUGCUGGGAAGUGUGGGCUGGUGGUGGCCAUGGUGGAAGAGUAUAACAAUGAAUCAAAGUGCGGUUCUGGAUCCGAUACCUCGUCCUAUUACGCUGUGGCUGUAGUGCGCAAGGGCUCCGGUGUGACCUGGGAAACUCUGAUAGGCAGGAAGUCGUGUCACACUGGUUUGGGGCGUACAGCAGGCUGGAACAUUCCCAUGGGUCUCCUCCACAAGGACAACAAAGAGUGUGAUUUCUCUAAGUACUUCAGCAAGAGCUGUGCACCAGGAGCAGACCCGGAUUCGAGUCUGUGUAAACUGUGCAAGGGAUCUGAGGGUAUCAGGGGGAUAGUGGACAAAUGCAAAGCCAGCACUGCAGAGCGCUAUUAUGGCUACGCCGGAGCCUUCAGGUGUUUGGCUGAAGGUGCCGGUGACGUGGCCUUUGUUAAACACAGCACAGUAGCCGAGAACACAGACGGCAAUGGUCCAGUGUGGGCUAAGGCUUUCAAAUCGUCAGACUUCCAGCUCAUCUGCCCCGGAGGCUCUGCUGAAAUUAGCGAAUAUGAGAAGUGUCAUUUAGCCACAGUUCCAGCUCACGCCGUCAUCACUCAUCCAGAGAGACGAGACGAGGUGGUGUCCUUCCUCAAGGAGCAGCAGGCCAUGUUUGGUCACUCCAGCUCUAUGUUCAUGUUUAACAUGUUCAAGUCUGAGAGCAAUCCAAAUUUACUCUUUAAGGACUCUACUAAAUGUCUCCAAGAAGUUCCACCAGGAAAAAACUACACAGAAUUCCUGGGUAAAGAGUAUAUAACCACGAUAGACUCUCUGCGCGAGUGUGCCAGCAGCAGGACGGAACUGGAGAAGGCCUGCACCAUCCACUCCUGCCAAAAGAAGAUCUAAAUGCUCCAGCUGGUCUCAGACAUUCUGUCCUGCAUUUACUUUUGUGCUUGAAGCCAAUGAUAGGCAACUUUCUCACCUGUUUACAAUUAAUCUGUUCGUUAGCGCAAUCAGAAAGAAAUACAUCUUGGGUUUAUUGUUUUUAUAUAUAUAUAUAUAUAUCCACGGAACCAUCUAAAAGAUCUGAUUAGUAAAUAAAACACACACAAACACACACAUCACACCAAUACAGAGAUUGUGUAGCUUCUAAUCCACACAUGAACACCGCCUCUAAACCUGAAGAUGAGAGAUCCAUCAUGCUCAGGGUAGAUGUUCAUUCAUGAAGGAUUUCCUCUUAUAUAUCACCAGGAGUAACGUGGAGAAACUUCAGCAGAAACAGUUCAUCUCUAUUGUUAAAAGUCUGUGAGCAGCUGAUUUAAAUAUUAUACCUUAAACAUUUUCUACA